AUGGCAACUGGGCCUGACGCCCAGUCACGAUCCCGACGUUUCAGCUGGACUCGAAACCUACUAGUGUCUGGCCUAAUGCGCAGGCAAGAUAGAUCAGACAUCCAGAGAAGCUAUCAUGCUAGAAAGAAGAAGCCAGCUGCCAACUUCUCUCGACCUCCCAAUACUCAUACCACGCAACAAUCCAGCGGAGCAGCACAGAGCAUCCCGCCAUCAUCACAGCAACCACCUCCAACUGCUACUACAUCAACAAUAUCUACAGUCGCUGGGGCCACUGGGACAACCUCGCGUCCUUACAUCACCAUAGUUUCUGGAUGGCGCGCCCGUUUCAUGCUCUGGCAUACGGGCGGCCAGUAUCAGAGACGUAGUAGCGACUACUAUAUCAGCUACUGGAACAACGUCAUGACACGAUGA